UCCUCCACCGCUCCCAGUAAACCCCCUCCCUCGACCACCCACCGGUCGCCGACACCCCCACCUCUCGCCAUGGCCGGCGGCGCCGACGUCCAGGGCGGCAACAAGCGGAAGCGCGACGCCGCGGGGAAGCACUCCGCAGGGAAGGGCGGCGGAGGCGAUGGCGGCGUGAAGCGGAACAAGUCCUACGACGCGCCCGCGCCCCGCGGCGGCGGCGGUGGCGGGCAGCCGGUCACAGCCAGGGACAAGCGCGUCGCUGCCAAGGAAAUGUCCGAGUCCAGGAAGAUGAAGAGGAAGCCCAACUACAACCUCGAGAAGGAACUUACCGUACUGUGGGAGAAGAUGCGAUGCCACGAUGUAAGCAAGGAGAAUAGAUCCAAGCUAGUGACCGAGGCUCUCCGUAAAAUGGAUGGUAAAUACAUGGAAAUUGCUGGGAACCAUGUGACUGCACGUGUUCUUCAAACAUGCGUCAAGUGGUGCUCGCAGCCGGAGAGGGAUGCUAUUUUCGUUGCCCUGCAGCCGCAUCUGCUCGCUCUUUCUCGCCAGAAAUACGCUGUUUUCCUCGUGAAGAAGCUCGUAAAACUCGCCACCAAAAAACAGUUUGCCUGGUUCAUUUCUUCUGUUCAUGGUAAAGUUGCUUCCCUACUUCGUCACACGAUAGGAGCAGCAGUUGUUGACUGCGCAUUUCAGCGGGCGACACCACCUCAGAGAAGAAGUUUGUUGUUAGAAUUGUACUCCACUGAGCUUCAGCUGUUUAAGGACCUGACCGAACAGAAAUCAUGCAGUUUGGUAGAAACAAUUUCCAAGCUUGGAUUACAGAAAUCAUCUGUCCGGCAGUAUAUGACUACUAUUAUCCAGCCAAUUUUGGAGAAAGGUAUUGUUGAGUACUCCAUAGUACACACUGUCCUAUUGGAAUACUUAACAAUUGCUGAUAAGACAUCUGCCUCAGACGUUAUUCGUCAAUUAAUCCCACAUCUUACUCAAGGGUCAGCUGUCAUAGAUGGAGAUGAAUUAUCAGCUGUCCCUGAAGUACCAACGAAAACAAAGGCUAAGAAGAAAAGAUCUUCAGAACCACUUCUCAUUCGGAUCAUGCACACAAGGGAAGGAUUAAAACUAGGGCUUGCUUGCCUCAAGCAUGGCAGUGCGAAGGAUAGGAAGAAGAUUAUCAAAAGCUUGAAGGGGCACAUUAUGAAGCUUGCUACCAAUGAUUAUGGGUGCCUUUUUCUUGUUUGUCUUCUCUCCAUUGUUGAUGACACAAAACUUGUUACCAAGCAAGUUAUUCAAGAGCUGACAAAGCAGUUAAAGCAACUCGUAUUUGACAAGAAUGGUAGACGCCCACUGCUACAGCUACUUCGCCCACUUUGCUCACGCUAUCUAACUCCAACUGAUUUGACUUGUCUGAAUUACAGCGUGCAUUCCCUUAUUUCAAAGGAUGAGGCUUCGGAGAGUGCUACUGUUAACUUGGAGAGUAAGUUGGAUGCUGUAGCUGACAAAGAACAGGGCGGUUCAGAUGACAAAGAACAUGUGGUUUCAGCAGACACACUGGUUGCAUCUGACAGCAAGAAAGACCCAUUUCAGCGGCGACAUGAAUUGUUGAUGAAAAGUGAUCUUGCUGAGACUCUCAUCAAGACUUGUGUUGAAAAUGUUGGAGAGUUACUUCGAACAAACUUCGGCAAAGAUGUAUUAUAUGAGGUUGCUGUUGGUGGAAAAGAUAAUGUUUUGGAGGGCAUCACUGAACAGAUCCACCUACUUCAUGAUGCAAUAGCUUCUGAUGCAGCACGUCCGAAGUCAGAGGACAUUGAACAUGCCUUUGAGAACUUCCAUUCGAGCCGUGUAAUCCGAAAAAUGAUACUUGACUCUCCUGCAUUUGCUGCUACCCUCUGGGAGAAGGCUCUUGAAGGGAAGUGCAAGUUAUAUGCUGAUGGAUACAGUUCCAAGGUGGUCGCUGCAUAUCUGGAAUCUUCAGAUUCCAAGGUGAAAGAUCUUGCAAAAUCCGAGCUGCAGCUGCUGGUUGAUGGUGGCAAACUGAAAAUUCCAGACCAUAAAGCAGCGGAGAAGAAGUGAGCUUUCUUGACAGGCCUUUGGCCAUGGACAGCAACACAAGCAAGCAAAGAUGGGUGUCCAUAUCUUGCGUGAUAGAUGAAAUUUUGUCACUUGGCUUUGUCAUGAUAAUGUUAGUUUGCACCAAUGAGUAUGGAAUGGUCCUACCAACUCUGUACCGUGAACAAAAUCUUGCCUAUUUUGGUGUAUAUCUUGUUGUACUCGAGAUACAA